AUCUUACUAUUGCAGUCUAACUUUCCAACUUUUCUUGGUCCAGAGUAACCAGAGAGAAGUGAAGAACUCAACUAGGUAGAUUAGAUGCCCCUUGUGUUGGAGCCAAUGGUCAAGUUUGUACAUUUUUUGUUUUUGAAAGAUGUCCUACCAGCUCUAUUGUCUAUAAAUGGUUCAGUCUAUGAUUUUUGUCGGGGAUUCGUCGCCGGCCUCCGUCCGACUUCUGCGGCAAAUAGUGCUUCUUUUGGAGGACAAUUGCAGCAAGGAAGUAGGAGGAAGAAGAAAUGCAGGCCGCCUCAUGAAAGGCAGCAGCAAAGAUCCACAGAAUCCCCAUUUGCGCCAUCUAGAAGAAAAUUUGAGGAAGAGACUAAAAGGCACAUACAUGAGUAGCCUGAUUCUUGUCUUAGAAAGUUGGUUCUUAUAUAUAUAUAUAUAUGUCUUGGAUUAAAAAGAGCAUGAGAACUUGCCAAGCCAUCUGGAAAUGCCAUCAGAGCCGAAACAUUUUUUAGGUUGCUGACAUCAUUGUGCUGGACUUGCUUUUGUUGCUACUACUGCUGAAGACAAACCCCAGAAAAGGGAGUGAAAGUAGAAAGAAGAGAGGUUGCACAAGAUGAGUAAUGAUGGGUAGCGGUAGAGGCUGAAACUGUGAUGAUGAUGCGGAUCUGACCAUUAGUAUGUUCCCCAUCAAGGAAACCUACAAUUUCUAUUAUGAUACAGAUUUUCUAUUAUGAGGUGUGUUUCUCAUAAAGAAUGUGAUUUCUGCAUGAUAGUUUUCUACUGAAGGUUUUAUGCAAAGACUGACAUUUAAGAAGGAUGUAGUAAAAACCUUGGUAGGUACUCCUGAAGUUGAAGCUGCUCAGGCAAUAGUAAUUUCUUUUUCCGAGCACUGAACUACUGUUUCGGGUUUCGCUUAAUAUUGUUAUUCCUCGUAGGAUGUUCAAGAUGUACACCCUUUAAAUUUUGUA